UAUUUUCCUGACCUAUGAUGACGACUCAAGGAGGUUUGCAGCCGACAAGCAAUGAAGCUAAUAUGUGCACCAACGACAAUGGUAGCCAACUUGGUACACGGAUUGUGGACGAGAUUAUGGCCGGGAAGAACGUCUUCUUUGAUCUUCCUGACAAGUUGACUGGUGAGAUAUGGACCUUGAAAUUCCAUUGCAUUGGAGCACAACCUGGAAAAGAAAUUGUCACAGUAAAUAUUGAUAAAGCUUAUGUUGCCUUUUACAACGUGGUGUACAUAAAAUCGAAACUUGGAUAUUCUGGGAGGGACUUCUUGUUUUACAAGAAACGAUGUGGCAUUGAUCGAUCCAGGCUAUUGGCACUUGAUUACAUCCACCAAGAGGCCAUGCUGUCUGAUAACAUGGAUGAGAGAAAAAUAAGUUUUGUGCUCACAAAAGAUCCACCCAGUGAUCUAGAGGUAAGCAUAACUCCCAUCAAGCGUCCAAGGCAGCGAACAAAUGUUGAUGAAGAAACUAUAGAAGUGUUGAUUGAUGCAUAUAAGGAGUGGCUUGCAAUACUACAACAUGAUAAUCCAGAAACGGAUUUAAUGGAUGACUUCAGGGAGGAUACGAUCAAAACAUAUAAAGAAUGGUUAAGGCAUCAAGGCGAUCUUCCAGAUAUCUUAUUGUAUGAACGACAAAGCAAUGAUGACCUAAUAUUAUCAGAUGAAGAAAUUCAUGGCAGCAGCAAACCUACUGCUAAUUGGCCAUCUCAUGCUAGACGUCAUAGGAAAAGAGAUCGUGGUAUUUUUUACUAA